AUGCCCUGGGUCCAACAUGCAGCUGUCUCGGAUUCCAUCAUGAACCGGCUACCAUCCCUCCUGCGGCCCGCCCGUUCGGGCCCUCGAUACUCGGUUCGACCGUUCUAUGCGUCGCUUCUGGUAAUUACAGUGCUUGCGGUGGCCAGCUGGACUUUGGUGGGAUAUGGGAAUGGACAAACACAUGAGCGUACAGCAGCGGGUGUACUUGUACGGCGGGCUGACGAACCAGAGUGUCGCCUAGUUCGCAAUGUCAAAGAUCAGUGUGCAUAUGUGCGCGAGAACUGCCCCGACCAUCAAGAUGGCCUCCUCUCCUACCUAGAGCUCUACUAUUGCGCCCUGCCCAAUGCCAAACCAUUGGCGUUCGUUAUCAUAGUUCUCUGGCUGUCGCUACUUUUCAGUACUAUCGGCAUUGCAGCCAGCGACUUCCUAUGCAUCGAUUUGAGUACGCUAGCGAGUAUCCUUGGGUUGAGUGAGAGCCUAACAGGCGUCACCUUUCUCGCGUUCGGAAAUGGAAGUCCCGAUGUCUUCUCUACCUUCGCCGCUAUGCGAUCGAAUAGCGGGAGCUUGGCGAUUGGAGAAUUGAUCGGUGCGGCGACUUUCAUUACAUCAGUAGUAGCUGGCUCUAUGGCCUUGGUCCGUCCGUUCAAGGUCGCCCGGCGGAGUUUUGUCCGUGAUGUCGGGUAUUUUGUGAUCGCAGUGAGCUUCAGCAUGAUCUUGGUGGCCGAUGGUCGCCUUCAUGCUUGGGAGGCAGCUGCAAUGGUUGCUCUGUACGUCUUUUACGUGAUUUUGGUCGUUAGUUGGCACUGGUAUCUCGUUCGGCGCCGUCGGAAGUACGAGAGGGACCUAGCAGCCCGAACCCACUUCCAUAUCCCUGACAACCAGGAGCUGGAAAUUGAUCAGCAAAUGGAAGACGACGAUCCAGGCGUGGCUUCGGAAUCUCGCAGUCUUCUCCGUGGAGCGUCAACAGACGAUUUCGACCUUCUGGAACGAUCAGGUGGCCUUCCCACUUGGAAGGAGGAAGAGGACGAAGAUGACGAGACACGAAACAGGUAUCUGGCGGAGAUUCGCGACAAUAUGCAUGUCUAUCGACCUGCUGCCCUAUCGAGGCGAAAUACUAUCAACCCGAUUCGUCCCAGUCUUGUUGGUGCAUUGGAAUUCCAAUCAGUCCUUCAGUCACUUCAAAAGUCGAGAGCUACCGGGCAUAAUCCAACGAUCAGCCUAAGUAGUUACUCUGACGAUGGCGAUGAUUCAUCUCAACCAUUUGAUACGCGCUCCAUAGCGUCACAUCCCCGUGCUACUAGACCAACUACUGUCAAUGAUCGUCUAUCACCGCACAGUGCAGAGGGGUCAAGGGCCCGAGCUGUCUCAGCGAAUGAUGCCGAUAGAUUACAGAUUGACUCUAGUGUCUUUGAUCGACAAGGCCAAGCUCCUCGUCUGACCGUAAGGCGUCCAUCGAAUGAGCCUGCAGAUAGGACUGGUGGGAUGCAGACUCCUCAGCUUCCUCGCAUUGAUACUAAUGCGUUAUUGACUGCCUCUCCUUCAUCCUCGGAGCACCCAUCACCAAACACAAGCCCUACUAUCGGGCCGACUGUUCCUCCACCCCCAGACCUGCUAGCACCGCCGGGAGCUUUCCAUUCGCCAAAUUACCAAACAUCGACCACGCAUGAUCGCUCUUCGGGCCCAGUCUCACCGCGAGGAGGCAAUGGAAGCUAUCCCUCUGGAGCUGGUCCAGAAAGCCCGGCUGUGCCUUUCCCCGCAUUCAUCGAUAUACCCUCAGCUCCAUCAUCCCGUGCUCCCAGUAUUCGUCUGCCCAACCCAGUGGCGAGCCCAUCGGAGCAACUCAUGAUCCAUGACAGCCUAUAUGACACGGCCAAUGACAGCGCGUCAUUGAAAGCGCCAUUGAUGAAAUGGUGGCCGAGUUCAAUCCUUCCUCCUGCUGCGCACAUUUUUUGCACCCUUUUCCCAACAUUAGCUGGCUGGAAAUCCAAAACCAUAGUAGCACGGCUGUUGGGAAUAAUCGCUGCACCAAGUGUCUUCCUUCUCACAAUCACUGUCCCAGUCAUUGAACCUGAAGUGUCAGAAGCUGAUGAGCUGGAUCCCUUUCCUGCCGUGAUUAUUGAGCCAUUUGGCGACAAUGGCAAUCCAGCACCUAGGGUGAGACUACCUGGAGACAGUCCAACCCUUCAUCCCAAUGGACAUAAUCACCUCGAGCCUUUUCCUGAGGGACAUUCCGCCCCCUCGCAUCCCAGACGAAAGUCCACACAUCCUGAAUAUUCGCCCCGCCCACGCUGGGAUUCUGAGUUGCCGGCCGUACCACAUGCAGCCCCAGAUGCAGCAUCUGUGGAAGUAAAGGAUUGGAAUCGCUGGCUCAUCUCCAUCCAGCUUUUCACCGGGCCAUUCUUUGUCACACUAAUCGCCUGGAGUACCGUAGACGAAGAGCUCGAUCCGAAGAAACUCAUUCUGCCUUCAUUGGUGUCUCUUUUAUUCUCAUUUUUGUGUUUGAGUGUCCUCGUCACAUCUACCCGUCGCCGUCGACCAUGGCACCAUAAUAGCCACGUUGACCAGUCAUACUUCCACCAGCAUGAAACAUCAGAUAUGUCGAAACCCCAAUCUCUCCCAUCUGCAUGGCGAUCUUUCCUUUCCCUCCUAGGGUUCUUAGUCGCAAUUUCUUGGAUUGCCACCAUCGCGACAGAAGUGGUCUCAGUGCUCAAGACCAUUGGUGUGAUUCUGAACAUCUCCGACUCACUGUUGGGAUUGACCAUCUUCGCCGUCGGCAAUUCGCUCGGCGAUCUAGUCGCCGACAUCACCGUCGCCCGACUGGGAUAUCCUGUGAUGGCAUUGAGCGCCUGUUUCGGCGGACCCAUGCUCAACAUUCUCCUGGGUGUCGGUCUUGGCGGUUUAUACAUGACUCUCAGCCCGGGCAAGUCAUCUCCCAAACAUGACGAGAUGCUCACUCGGGUUCCCUAUGAGAUCAGUAUCUCCAAGGUGCUGGUUAUCAGCGGUGCCACCCUUUUAUUUGUUCUUGUUGGUCUUUUGAUUGUAGUUCCAUUGAACAAUUGGCGUAUGGAUCGCAGGAUUGGGUGGGGUUUGAUUGCAGUUUGGUGUAUGAGUACCUUGGGAAAUGUGAUUGCGGAGGUUGCAUCAUGA